UCACCAUGAAGCUCGUCGACCACGUGGUGAGGAGCUUCAAGGUGGCCAAGGUAUUCCGCGAGAACACAGAUCGGAUAAACAGUAUCGAUUUCUCGCCGAAUGGCGACACCCUGAUCUCCUGCUCGGAGGAUGAUCAGAUUGUCAUAUAUGACUGCGAGAAGGGUACUCAGGUACGGACGGUCAAUUCCAAGAAGUACGGCGUCGACUUGAUACACUUCACCCAUGCGAAGAAUACCGCGAUACAUAGCAGCACCAAGGUCGACGACACGAUCCGUUAUCUCAGUUUACAUGAUAACAAGUAUAUACGUUACUUUCCUGGUCACUCAAAAAAGGUAGUAUCACUAUGUAUCAGUCCUAUCGAGGAUACUUUCCUCUCUGGUUCUUUAGACAAAUCCCUGAGACUGUGGGACCUGCGCUCGCCAAAUUGUCACGGGGUGAUGAAUGUCUCAGGACGACCAGUAGCAGCAUAUGAUCCCGAAGGUCUUAUCUUUGCAGCUGGAGUCAAUUCAGAAAGUAUCAAGCUAUAUGAUCUGCGUAGCUUUGAUAAGGGUCCAUUUGUUACCUUCAAACUGUCGCAGGAAAAAGAGUGUGAUUGGACUGGAUUGAAGUUCAGUAGAGACGGCAAGACCAUCUUGAUCUCUACUAACGGUAGUACGAUUCGUUUAAUUGACGCUUUUCAUGGUACACCCUUACAGACUUUUGCUGGACAUCUCAACAACAAGGGAAUUGCCAUAGAGGCCAGUUUUAGUCCGGAUUCCCAAUUUGUGUUCAGUGGCUCCACAGAUGGUAGGGUGCAUGUGUGGAACGCGGAGACCGGUUAUAAAGUUUGCGUGUUGAAUGGUGAUCAUCCGGCACCAGUGCAGUGUAUCCAGUUCAAUCCCAAGUACAUGAUGUUAGCGUCUGCAUGCACCAACAUGGCUUUCUGGCUACCCACCAUCGAUGAAAAUGCAUAAGACUAAUUUACAAGAAAUGUAGAGCGAGAUGCCAGAAUCUGUACUUCGUGAAAGAGAGAACAGAAGAGUGCGGGAAGAGAGGCAGUCAGUUGAGAAUAACAACCAGAGGAUGUUUAUAACUUGUUUGAGCGAAUUCAUUUACAACAAAACACAUUGCAUUUACAUUAUGCGUGCAAAACUGGAAUAGCUGUUGUAUGGCGUUCUGAAACCAGUUCUGAAACGUAUUCGAGGGAGCAAACAAGACGUCACGAGAGAAAUCGAACAGCUGGACCAUCGCUUGUACGUUCGUGUUUCGAAAAGGUCCACAUGGAAUACAACUUUCCAUCAUCGUCGUUAUCGACGUUAUUGUCUUCAUUAUAUCAAUAUAUGAAGAUCCAUGUUUUGUAGACGUUUCGAAUGUGUCUUGUAUAAGUAGUCUCUUCCUACGUAUCUGUGUGUCAUCAAUUAAUGAUAUGUGGAACGAAUGUUACAUACCGGAAGAGGUCAUCUUUGGAUUUCGUCCGUUACCGGGCAGUCGAUCGUUUGCCCGAUUGUGUUCGAGAAAAUUACUGUAGAAUUUCGUCGCGCUAGUUGCGAAAAUACACCUGCAAUGUAGAAUGAUGUACUAUCUAGAAGCAAUUACCGUCUACGAGAAUUUUGUACUGUUACUUCGGUGAAGCUAAGCGUAGAAAACUGCGAACAGCUAGAGAGACAAGAUUCGCGUAUUCGAGUAUAAGGCGUCCUUGAAUACAACCUUGUUUGAUUGAAUGCACCGUGAGAAAACAUUGUACCGACCAAAUCGGCCGAAAUCGAAUCGGUAUCAUCGGCGAUUCGUUUUCGAUCCAUCGUAAGACGGUGCAUGUUUUAUUAUUUACACGUCUAACGCUUUACAUUUUUGAUAACAGGUCACGCGCGCGUUGCCUCAAACAUGGCAUUAGGAUGUUAAUUUAAUUUUAUUGAACGCGCAAAGCCGCGUACGAGAGAUCUCCGAAUAGUCAUUCAGAUCCCAUCGAUGUUUCAGCAGGCAGCCCGUUAAGCAAAUCGUAAGAUUAUAAUACAUCAUGGUCUGAUCCGCAUGGUCGCAUACAGGAUAAAGUUCUUAGGCUGAUUAAAAAUGCAAGGAAAUCAUUGCGCAAAAUGAGGAAUUUGUAGUUUCCUUUGUGAUAUUAAUUUUACCUUUGACAUUGGUAAUGUUGUGUAUUUUACAACGUAAGUAAUCGGUCUGUAAUCUUAAGUUUGUUAAUUAUUAGCCUUCAAUUCUUAUCUCGUCCAUUUCGCUUUCAACGUACAUAGCUCUGGAUAAUACGUGAGAUAACGUGCAUUAUCUCAUGGUUUACGAAUGAAAACUUAAGACCAUCCAGCGUAACUAGGCAUUAGAUGCAUGAUGCAUAGAAAAUAUCUUUCGAAGCUCAUAUAAACGCAAAAGAUCGUAAAAGGAGACUUUAAAUACCGAUCACUUUUGUUCCUGCAUACGGCCAUGCUCUGUAUACGGUUCUCAUAUGUAUUACGUAGAUCAUCGGAAACACCUAAUUGCGCUUUGUAUACACGCGUAUGCAUACAUCGCGAAGGCGAAUUAAAAGUGAAUUAAAAACGCCUGAUGGAUUCCCGAUAAUCAAAGACAGUGAGACGCAGAAGACCGACGAUAUCGCGCGUGAAAAGGCCCCAUCAUCGUCGUCGCUUUCGUAGCAAAUCACAAAGAAAAGUCCCAGAGACCUCGAAAUAUAUCCUAUUUUUUUCAACUGAAUUUUUUGCAUAAUUCAUUUUUCUUUUUUU